AUGGAUUACUGGGACGCCCAAUGGCGAGGCUACAAGAGAAACGCGUCUAGCUUCUGCGAGACACAUCCUUUCCUGAUAAACUCGCAAGGGGUAUGGGAGAUAUUGGUUAACAAGGCACAAGGGAUGAGCUUCUGGGAAUAUCCACUUCCAAAUCUCGAGAUCAUAAUAUUUUCGACUUUUGUUAUUUGGCGGCUCUUUGAUUUCACAUGCAGCAAGAUCGGUCUUCGAGUACCUAGAUUCACUUAUAUGAUGAUCGCAGGGGUAAUCUUAGGUCAAACUUGUUACGUAAACAACAAGUCAUGGCUUCACAACAUAUUUUUUCCUGAUGAUGGCCGACCAAAGGUCGCCGAGACACUGGGGGCCUUCGGGUUCCUUUUAUAUUGGUUCCUAAAGGGUGUGACAAUGGAAGCUGGAACAGGAUUGAGGAUGGGUAAAAAAGCUGGUGUGAUUGGUUUCACCACAAUGUUUGCACCCUUGAUCUGUGGCAACUUCUUGUUCAGAUGGAGAAAAAGAGGCAAUAUAAGCGUGUUAAUCACAGAAUACAGGUUGAUCAUAUUCAUGCAAAGCAUAUCCGCCUUCACAAGCAUCGACACACUCUUAAGAGACCUCAAGAUCAAACACUCGGAGUUUGGAAGGAUAGCACUCGCCGGGUCCAUGGUGACCGACAUGUUGGCUUUUAUCGUAACGUUUUUGAAUGCCAUGCAUUAUGAAAAAUAUGACGGAUUGCUGCAAACCAUAUUUAGCUGCUUAUUUUUCGCCUUUAUGAUAUUUGUCAUGAGGCCAGCUAUGUACUGGGUGAUCAAGCAGACUCCAGAAGGGAGGCCGGUCAAGGAUUUCUACAUCUACUUGAUUUUGGCGCUUGCUUGCUUAUCCUUCAAAUAUUUUGUCGCGAUUCAUUCGUAUGGACCCGCGGGAUCGUUUGUUUUUGGCUUGGCUGUCCCCAACGGAUAUCCUCUAGGUUCUGCUUUUGUUCAAAAGUUUGAGAGCUUUAAUCUUGGUGCUUUAUUUCCACUGUUUGGAUCAUUGACUAUGAUGCAAGUGGAUGUCCCGUGGUUGUUGAAAGAGUGUGGAAAUCUCAUACGCAUGGAGGGUCAGCUUUACGAGGUUGUUUCCUUUAUUCUUUUUGUGAAUGCCACAAAGUUCAUCGCUUCCACCAUUGCCGCAUAUUCUUUUAAAAUGCCUUUAAGAGACUCCUUUGCUCUAGCCCUUGUUUUAAAUAACAAGGGGGUCUUCGAGCUCGCCUACUUCGCGUAUGCAGUUGAAACAAAGAAAGUAAGGCCAGGGGUUUUCACAAUCGUCGCUGCAAUCAUCCUCUUAAACUCCAUCUUCAUACCAAUGGCCUUGGAGCUAGUCCAUGACCCAACCAAAAGAUUCAAAAGCUAUCGAAAAAGGAAUUUGGCAAUCUUGAAAGACGGCGCAGAACUCCAAUCUCUUGUGUGCAUCUAUAAACCUGAUAACAUAACUUCAAUGAUCAACCUUUUGGAAGCUUUUAACCCAUCGAAAGAUUCUCCAAUGGCGUGCAGCGUACUCCACCUCAUCGCACUUGUGGGUCAAGCCACUCCUACGUUCAUUUCCCACCAGUUGCAAAAACCGGAGCUCGGAAGUAUCUCUUGUUCAGACAAUGUCAUAACCUCCUUCCGUCGCUUCCAACAAAAAAUCUAUCAAUAUACAUCACUGGAUAUAUUCACUUCCGUCUCCAUGACCAAACACAUGCAUGAGGACAUUUGUUGGCUAGCCCUAUCCAAAAGCAUGACUCUGAUUCUGCUUCCUUUCCACCGAACCUGGUCUGUUGAUCGAUCCACGGUUAUCUCUAACGAUGAUAAGCUGAGAAUAAUCAACAUUAAUGUCCUGAGACGAUCCCCUUGCUCUGUUGGAAUCUUCAUCUAUCGCAAACCCAUCGUGGAAUAUCACAUGACUGCCUACCACUCCAAGAUAUGUCUGAUAUUUAACGGUGGAAAGGACGAUAAAGAGGCUCUGGCGAUAACGAACCGACUGAGACUUACGGAGACACGUAUAAGCUUGACUAUCAUAAGAUUCACUCCAACAUUUUCUGAAAUGAAGAACGAGGAGAUGGAGGGAACCUUCCAAAUGGUUAGCCUAGAGGAGACCGUGAGUAACGUCGUCAAGGAAAAGGAUGAAUCUGUGACAUAUAUCGACAAAGCGAUUUCAGAUGGAUCUGAGACCUCCAAGAUCUUGAGAGCAAUGGGAAAUGAUUAUGAUUUGUUCAUAGUCGGGAGAAGCAGCGGACUAGGUACUGAAGCUACUAGCGGACUCAGCGAGUGGACCGAGUUCGAAGAACUGGGACCCAUUGGAGAUUUGUUAGCAUCACAUGAGUUUCCUUCUAGAGCAUCAGUGUUAGUUGUAAAAAAACAAGAAUACAUUCAUCAUACCAAAAGCCAGAAAAGGAGAUCCAAGCGAUGCAUGUGA